AUGUUCGGUUUCUUCGGGCGGCCGCGGAAUGAGGACAAGACGCCGCCCAAAAAGAACGCAAACAAUCGACCAGCAGCGGCCACCAAGAAACCGCGAACCGCGGGUGCUGACGUGGCACCGGGAGCAGAAGGCGCUUCGGAUGGAACCGAUGUCGGGAGCGUCUUAGGCGAGUUAGGUAUUGCGGUUGAUGACGGAGUCACCGCGGAGACUCUGCGCGCGCAGGCGAAGGAUCAGCGCGCCAAAGCUUCCGCGAUGCGCGAGGCGGGGCUGUACGCGGGCGCGCAGAAGGCGCUGAAAGCCGCUCGCGAGCUUGAGAAGCGCGCCAAGGACAAGGACGACUCCGCCGCAGUCGCCGCCGCAACCGCCACCGCAACCGCCGCCGCAACCGCUGCCGCGCUUGCGGGCGCGUCCCGGGAGGCGGAAGAGAUAGCGCAGGAAGCCAUGGCGCGCGGAAACGCGCUUGGCGCAGCGGCUGGCGCGCGCGGGGCGGGAGGGAAACGCGUAGCGGCAGCGAGAUCUCGCGAGGCGGAAGCGGAGGCUCGAUCCGCGGGUGCGGGGAAAGCGGGCGGGGCGGGUAAGUCCGGAGCUGCAAGCGCAAGAGCAGGGGAGCGCAAGGUCGCGGCAGCGGAAGGCGUGAAGGCGGAGCGGAAGGGGCUAGCGCGGUUGAACGCUGGUGGGGACGACGACGGGGAGAUUAUGGCGCAACUGCGCGAUCUGGGUUGGGCGGAACCAGCGGGGGGAGCUGGCGGCGGGGGCCUUUUGGCCGGACUUGAUGACGUGGACGGGGCGGCGGCGGAGCAGGACGAGGUGAGCGCGGCGCGCGAAGCAGCAGAAGCGCAGGUAUUGGACCUAAAGCGCAAGGCGAGGCAACUUAAGGGGCAGGGGCAGGUUCAAGAGGCGCUGGCGGAACUAAGAAAGGCUAAGAAGCUUGAGAAAGAAAUAGAAGACGGUUCGUUCUUAUUAAACCUAGCGGACGGCGCGGAGGGAGGGCAUGAUGACGAGGAGAAACGGCUGCUCGCCAGUCUCGGGCUGACAAGUGUCGAUGACGUGGCACUAGUGGAGGAGACGGAUUUAAGGAUGGGGGGGAUGGGGAGAGGUGGCGGAGGUAUGGGCGGAAGAGGCGGAGGAGCGGAUCUAGACCUGGCGCAGAUUAUGUCUUUAAUCGCUAAUAUAGGAGACGAGGAGGAGGAGGAGUGGGGAGGAACGGGGAUAGAUGGUGUUUCUGGAGGGGGUGGAGGGGGGAGGAGGGGAGGGCGGGGAGGGGGUGACUAUAUGGGAGGUGCUUAUGAUGAUGGGGAGUGUAUGGAUGAACUGAAGGCACUUGGGUGGGAAUCAGAUGAGGAAGGGGAUGAGGGAGAGGGAGGAGGAGAAGGAGAGAAGGGAGGGGAGGAGGAAGAAGAGGAGGUGGAUGUAGCAGCAAUGCACGCAGAGGCGUUGGAUUGGAAGAGGAAAGCGGUGGGCUUUAAGAGAGAGGGGCGGAUGGGAGAGGCGAUGGAGGCUUUAAGGCGCGCCAAGGGCCUAGAGGCGCGGAUAGAGGCGGCUAUCAUGCUGGGCGCGGGAGGGGAUUCCAUGGGCCGUGAUUCUUCUAUGGGGCGUGGUGGUGCUGCUUCUGCUGCAGCAACGGAAGUGGAUGUUGGUGGGGAUGGUGAUGGGGAUGAGGACGAGGAUGAUCCGGACAUGCUUGCUGCUCUCGCUGCUGCUGGGUGGGUGGGAGAAGAGGCGCGGGAAGCAGGGAAGGAAAAGGAGGAGGCUGCAGAGGAGGAAGCAGCAGAGUCAUUACAUGAAGAGAAGGAGGGGGGAGAAGGCAGGGGAGAUGGAAGGAGAGGAGGAGAUAGGACAGAUGUAAAAGGAGAAGGUUUGCAAAAUGAACAAGGGGAGGAGAAAGUGGAGACAAGCCCUGCCGCCCAGGAGCCGGAAACUGCCGAGGAACUUGAGGCGGCGGCGCGGGAGUGCAAGCUGGCUGCUGUGGGGCUGAAGCGGGAAGGGAGGCUCGGGGAGGCCUUGGAUCAGCUGAAACGAGCCAAAGAACUGCAGGCUCGGGCAGACCAGGCUCGGGUGGAACAGGCUCGGAAUGGAAAGUCUGAGGAAGAAAAUAUCGGAAACUGUGAGAGGACUAGAGAGGUCGUUGGUAGUGCCAGCGGCGUUAGUGGUGGUGGUGGUGCUUCUGCUGCUGCUGAUGAUGCUGGUGGCAGCGGCGGUGGUGGUGGUGGUGACACGAGUCAGUUGGGUGCAGGAGUGGAUAAUGGAAAGCCCAGUUUUGAUGGUGCUAUUGGUGGUACGUUUGGUGGUGCAGAUACGAGCCAAUUGGGAGCUGCAGUGAUUGCUACUAGCAUGGCGCCUGCUGUUGCUGCAUUGCUUGCUGCCAUGCAACAGCAACAGCAGCAGCAGCAGCAGCAGCAGCAGCAGCAGCAGCAGCAGCAGCAGCAGCAGCAGCAGCAGGGAGAACAGGAGCUGUUGAUAGGAACAUCAAGAAGCAGGGAAGUAUCACAGAGUGCAGUUGACACAGCUGAUGCAGUUAAUGAAGUUCUUGCACCUGAUGCAUUCAAGCCCUCUGCAGCAGCAGGAUCAAUGCGCAGCACAGCAGCAGCAGCUACGGAAUCAGCAAGAGAAACAGCCGCAACAGCCGCAACAGCCGCAACAGCAGCAACAGCCGCAACAGCAGCAGCAACAGCAGCAACAGCAGCAACAGCAGCCACAGCAGCAACAGCAGCCACGGGAACUGCACAAAAGGAUGGAGAAGGAAGCGAGGGAGGGGAGAGCAGCAGGGAAGAGAUGGAGGCUGAAUUGCAGGCGUGCAGGAGAAGGGCGGUGGGUUUCAAGAGGGAGGGUAAGCUGGGGGAGGCAUUAUCUGAGCUCAAGAAGGCAAAGGCACUAGAGAAACAGCUGGCAGAGACAGGUGGUGGCAGCGGUGGUAACAGUGAUAACAACAGCAGUAACAGUGGGUUCAGCUGUAACACUGGCCGUAGCACCGCUGCCAGUGCUCCUGCUGCUGCUUCUCCUGCUGCUCCUCCUCCUCCUGCAGCUGCUGCUGCUGCUGCUGCUGCUGCUCCCAAGCCCUUGAAACCUACAGCACCCCAGAGACGACCCGCCCCUCUUCCUCCUCCCUCCUUCAUGUCCUUUGGUCUAGAGGAUGAUGAUGAUGAUGAUAUGGGUAUAUUCGACGAUGCUCUCAUGGCGAACCUCCGUAGCCUCGGACUCGCCGGACCUGCUCCAGGCGGCCGCCAGACCAGCCAGCCUGCUUCGGCCAAACCUGCUCCGGUCAAACCCGCUCCAGCCAAACCUGCGCCUGCUGCCAAGUCAGGUGGUGGGGUGAGUGGGAGCGGGAGUGGGAGUGGGAGUGUGGGUGGGGUUGUGAGUGGGGGAGAAUUACAGUCGCUGGAGCAGCAGGUGAUGGAGCAGAAGAGGCGGGCCGUUGAGCUGAAGAGAGCUGGAGACACGGCGGGGGCCUUGGCUGCUCUCAAGCUCGCCAAACAGCUGCAGGCACAGAUGGGUUGA